CAGCUACUGGACCAGUCACCUGGCCAGCUCAGUGCUGACCGAGGCUCAGAAGGAAGGAGUGUAGUGCUGUCAGACAGUUGUACAUACCCGGUGUGCACAACAUGUGUGGUGAAGGGCAUGAAGAAGAUAAAUGUGGUGGUCUGUGUGUGACCGACUGUGUCGGAGGCGGCCAGCGUGACGGGACCAACCAGUGUGACGGGACCGGCCAGUGUGACGGGACCAACCAGUGUGACGGGACCGGCCAGUGUGACGGGACCAACCAGUGUGACGGGACCGGCCAGUGUGACGGGACCAAACCAGUGUGACAGGACUAAUCAGUGCUUCAAAAAGGAAUGCAGUGAAAGCAUGAGGCCUUCUCUCAAGGACCACAUCCUCACCCUCUAUAAAAAUGGUGACGCCGCUGCCUUGCUGUCCUUCAUCGCAGAGCCUUCAGUGAAAGGGAAGACCAACGCAACUUAUAAAUGGGAUCCACUGAUGCUGUGGGUGCGACCUCAACCCUGCUGCCUGCUGGCUCUAGCCGCCCACGUGAGGGACCUUAGACUCUCCGCCCUGGCCUCCGUCGGCUGCGGCACUGGGCUGCUGGAGUGGCUCAUCCAUGCCACCACAGGUCUGUCAGUGAUGGGAUACGAGAUCAACUCAGGUUGGUGGAGGUCACGGUAUGCGCCUCCCACCUUCAUCCCACUUACCUAUGUGGACCCAGACGCCCCCACGCCCACGGUGCCGCCCACUCACGCCCUCAUGUGCUGCUACUUUAACAAUGGAGAAGUAUUCCGGCAGUACGUGGCAGCGUAUGAAGGUCCGGCACUGAUCAUCAUAGGUGCCACGGACGGGAGCCACCACACGGACCCUCGCCCACUGGACUACGUACACGUUCACCCCUGGACUCUCACUCACACACACAACAUCUCUCACAGGGACCUACUUGCCUGCUAUGUCCGCAACAAACACGACUGA